UUUGCUUUUGCUUUGCGAUUUUGAAUUUUUUUGUUGAUUACCGAUAGAAAUUGUUCAAUUUUUUUUAACUUUACUGUAAACUACUCAAGUGUUCACUAAAAACAGACAACAAGUCAAGUAACUCUAGUCAAGUAACAGUAGAAGUGUGUUACAUACGCAACAUGAUAAAUGAUGAAAAAUACAAACAAGUUUUCGUCAAAAACACUGAAGCCGUCAUGCUUUAUCUGUGUUUAUCAAGUUCACUAAUUACAAUUGCAGAUAAGCCGUGCUACUAUUAUUUAAUUUAUUCUGAUUCCGACCCGCCGCCCGCAUCAUAUGAUCAUACGCUGCGUGUACCGUGACUCGUGAACAAUGGCGGGCUUGGGGAAAAAAAUUUCAAUCCUCGGAAACUUGGUGAAAUAUGUCAACAAUGGCAGCAAAAGGUUGUCGUCGCACUUUGUUUAUCACCCUGAUAAUGAAGCGCCGGUGGCAGGGGAGACAUCAAAAAUGAACAUGAUGCAGGCCAUCAACAAUGCGAUGGACCUCACCCUCAAGUCUGACCCCACUGCAGUGCUGUUUGGUGAGGAUGUGGGAUUCGGUGGGGUCUUCCGUUGUGCCCUGGGGUUACAGGAAAAGUACGGGAAAGACCGUGUGUUCAACACGCCGCUGUGCGAGCAAGGGAUCGCGGGCUUCGGCAUCGGACUCGCCACGGCGGGCGCCACCGCCAUCGCGGAGAUACAGUUCGCUGACUACAUCUUCCCGGCGUUUGACCAGCUAGUGAACGAGGCAGCCAAGGCCCGGUACCGCUCGGCGGGCCAGUUCGCGUGCGGAGGCCUCACCGUGCGCGCGCCGUGCGGGGCCGUCGGCCACGGGGGCCUCUACCACUCGCAGAGUCCCGAGGCCUUCUUCGCGCACGCCGCGGGACUCAAGGUCGUGGUCCCCAGAGGUCCCAUAGCAGCCAAAGGCCUGCUGCUCGCGUGUAUCCAGGAGCAGGACCCCUGCAUCUUUCUGGAGCCCAAGAUCCUGUACCGCUCCGCCGCUGAGGAGGUGCCGGUGGACAGUUACACCUUGCCGCUCGGGAAGGCACAGGUUUUGAGAGAAGGAGACGCAGCUACGUUGAUAGCGUGGGGUACUCAGGUGCACGUGCUGCUGGAGGUGGCAGAGAUGGCAGAGGAGAGGCUGGGCGUCCGCUGUGACGUCAUCGACCUCAUGUCCAUCCUGCCGUGGGACGUUGACACCGUGUGCAAUUCAGUGAAGAAGACCGGCCGAUGUCUGAUAGCGCACGAGGCGCCGCUCACCGCCGGCUUCGGCGCCGAGUUGGCUGCUACCAUACAGGAGGAGUGCUUCCUGCACUUGGAGGCGCCGGUGGCGCGCGCGGCGGGCUGGGACGCGCCCUUCCCGCACGUGUUCGAGCCCUUCUACCUGCCCGACCGCUGGCGCUGCUUCGACGCGCUGCAGCGGCUGCUCGCCUACGACCAGCAGUAGCAGUUGCGUAGUCGGCCGUGUUUGUAAUAGUACAUUAUGAUGUUAGUGUGGUAAGUUGAAAAUUACAGCCGAGGCGAUAUUGCAGCUCGAGCCGUAGGCGAGAGCUAUAGUAAGGAAACAGAGGCUGUAAUAAUCAAAGCGCACGUACCUAUGUCAUACGACGUUUUAUAACACAUUUGCGGGGAACCAUACUUUGAACACACUUUCUGAAAAUGUCUUUUUGAUGAAAUCUUUGUCUGUUUUCAUUAUGAUGACAUUUUAAAAAUGACAAGUGUAUGCUUGUCAUUUUUGCACAGAUAGCGAAGUGCGUGCGUUUUUGUUAGUCAAAUGCACCAAAACCUGCCAGUAUUACUAAUACCGUAAAUUAAUAUUUUUGUGUUCCUGAUACAGGUUGACAUUUAUUGUCAAAAUUAUUAAAAUGAAAGAAAGUUAAUUUUAUAUAGAAAAUGUUGAGCACUUUUCUGACAUAAAAACUCUUUGCCAAGAGUUUAAAAAGUACCGUUCCUUUUUAGACAGAUGAUAAAGGCUUUAUAUUACAUUACGGCACUUGUGCAUUUUACUUUACAUUGCGGCACAUGUGCAUAAUGAGAUACAUUACGAUAUUGAAAUUGGUGAAAUAAGCGAUUGAGCAAAUGUGUUAUAAAUAUGAUUUAGGUAAGAUUUACACUUCAAUUUUCUUCAAAGUAAAGUGGUAAUCUCUAUGUAUUUCAAGUUUACCUUACGUUGAAGAAAAUUGUAAUUUAAAUCUUAAUCCGUGUUUAUAAAUAUGGCCGAUAAAGUUUAGUUUAGUAUCUCUUCUUAGGUUACCAUUACCAAUACCAUUAACAAAGUAAGGAUGUUUGUUUAACUUGAACGUUGAAUGUGUUCGUUUUGAAUGACAUAUUAUAUUUCUCCCUAUGAAACACUACAAAUACAGGGAGAUAUAAUAUAUUUACUUAACAAUAAAAAUAUUUAAUAAGUUGUU